GGCUACUCGACUCGACUCGACACCGCCAUCCUCUCAAAAAAAAAAAAAAGACUCGACGCCGCCACGGCGGCCAGCGCCGCUCGCUAGUCCGCCGCCGCCGGCCACCCAGUCGCUGCCCGAACUUUUACCCCCAUCCCUCGCUCGUACUUCCCGCAGUCCCGUACCCAUCUCCCCCAGGCGCCUCUGCUGCUCUCCCCGAUUUGCCCACCGCCGGCGCCGUUGAAGGAGGAGCCAGCCGUCGCCUGCCGGUACCCCCCACCACCGCUUGAAUCCGGGAUAAAGAAGGACCAUGGAUUUCGCUGCUUACAGUAUCAGGGGCCCUCUCAAGCUUGCAGUCGGUCAUGAUCCAUAUGCGCUGUCUAAUAAUCACCUCUGCUGCGGCUGGAGGCCUCCGGCAUCUUGCGCUGUUUCUCGGGUGUCGAGUAGUAAUAUCCCCAGUAAUGUUGUACGACAUGUUGUCCGUGAUUCUCCUCACUUGAUUGCUCUGAAUUCAGAAAGACUGCGCUCAAGCUUGAAAGCUUCAGUGUUGGAUGGUAGCAUCGUUGCAGAAGAUAAGAUAACUGUACUCGUCAUUGGUGGUGGAGGAAGGGAGCAUGCGCUUUGUUAUGCUUUGAACCGUUUGCCUUCUUGUGUAUCUGUUUUAUGUGCCCCUGGUAAUGUUGGUAUUGCUCAAUCCGGAGAUGCGACCUGUGUAUCGGACUUGGACAUCUCCAGUAGUGACGCUGUUAUAUCGUUCUGCCACAAGAGGGCAGUGGGAAUGGUGGUAGUGGGCCCUGAUGCUCCUCUUGUUGCGUGUCUUGCAAAUGACCUUGUCAAAGCUGGGAUACCAACCUUUGGUCCUUCAUCAGAGACUGCAGCACUAGAAGGAUCAAAAGACUUCAUGAAGAAGCUGUGUGAUAAGUAUAAUAUCCCAACUGCUAAGUAUCGCACAUUCAUGGAUCCUGUGGAAGCUAAACAAUAUGUCAAGGAUCAAGGGGCCCCUAUUGUUAUCAAAGCUGAUGGACUGGCUGCUGGAAAGGGCGUCGUCGUUGCUAUGAGUUUGGAUGAGGCAUUCGAAGCAAUAGACUGUAUGCUGGUUGAAGGGUCAUUUGGUUCUGCUGGUUCACAGGUCAUCAUCGAAGAGUAUCUAGAGGGUGAAGAAGCCUCUUUCUUUGCAUUGGUAGAUGGUGAAAAUGCUUUGCCACUUGAAUCAGCACAGGAUCAUAAAAGAGUUGGUGAUGGUGAUGUUGGUCCAAACACGGGUGGUAUGGGUGCAGACUCGCCUGCACCAAUAGUGACAGAAGAGCUUAAGCGCAUGGUCAUGGAAAGUAUAAUCAUCCCAACUGUUAAAGGUAUGGCAGCUGAAGGACGCAGGUUUGUUGGUGUAUUAUAUGCUGGGCUUAUGAUAGAGAAGAAAUCUGGGCUGCCUAAGCUUAUUGAAUACAAUGUGCGAUUUGGGGAUCCUGAAUGCCAGGUGUUUCGGGCCGGGCCGGGCUUUAGGUUUGACCGUCGGGCUUUUACGAAGCCCGGCCCGGGGUUUGCCCAGGUUCUGAUGAUGCGAUUAGAAUCCUAUCUCGCACAGGUUCUGCUAUCUGCAUGCAAAGGAGAAUUAGGCAAGGUUUCGAUAACCUGGUCGCCUGAAAUUGCAAUGGUGGUUGUGAUGGCAAGUGAAGGAUACCCCGGCUCUUACAAGAAGGGGACUGUAAUAAAAAAUAUGGACAAUGCUGAGCAGGUUUCUCCAGCUGUUAAGAUAUUCCAUGCUGGAACAGCUUUGGAUGGAGACGGCAACCUUGUGGCUGUUGGAGGCCGAGUUCUCGGUGUCACUGCAAAGAGCAAGGACAUCGAAGAAGCAAGGGCAAGAGCAUACGAUGCAGCAGAUGCUAUUGACUGGCCAGAAGGAUUCUUCAGGCGUGAUAUCGGUUGGAGGGCUCUGAAACACGAGCAGAUGGCUAACUGCUGAUGAGGUAUUCCUGAAGCACCGAAAUUACGGCAAGCUUUUAGUGCCAAGUGAAAUAAAGAGAUAAAAGUCUAACCGCAGUUCCGAAGCAUAACUGUUACAACAGUAGCAUGUUCAAAUUUGAGCAUACUUUGAGCAUGCCAUGGCUGUUAACCUUCUUGUAGCUGUCUUAUGUUUUUCUGAAGGCAAAGUAUCUAACUCUUGAGGUUGAGGUGCAAUCGCGCAAUCAACUAUUCAGAUGAACAUUACCAUAUGAACUCUGAACCGUUCCUUAUCCUCAAAUCAACUAUUCUGAUGAACAUUAUCAUGUGCCCAUUGCUAUUUCGAGUCAA